ACCGCCGCCAUAAUUGAUCCUGAGUAAUGGAUUCGAAUUACUCCGAUCCUCGCCCCAUGUUCGUGCAAUCGCCUUACGGUAAUGCUUGGAAUCAAACUCAGACGAAUGAUCCGAUGAACAACGAACAAUCUGAAUCUCAACCGUUUUUGAAACGGCCAAGAAUUCAAAAUGAUACGGUGUUUAACAACAAUUCAUGGAUGGUUCCAUCGUUGAACAACGCUCCUCCUAUGAACAAAGGGACGGCUAACAUCUUCUACAAGACGAGGAUGUGUGCAAAGUUCAAGGCAGGGACUUGUAUGAAUGGAGAUUUUUGCAAUUUUGCACAUGGUGUGGAGGAUAUGAGGCAGCCUCCUUCUAAUUGGCAGGAUAUUGUUGGUCCUCCUCCUCAAGAGAGGGGGAGGGAGAGAGUGUCUUCUUCUUCGGUGUCUGGUGGUGGUAGUAACUGGGAAGAUGAUCAGAAGAUAAUCUUGAGGAAUAAGCUUUGUAGGAAGUUUUGUUAUGGUGAGGAGUGUCCUUAUGGUGAUAGGUGUAAUUUCCUUCAUGAGGAUCUUUCUAAGUUCCGUGAGGAGUCUGGGAAGUUGAGAGAGAGUUCGGUGAUAAGUGUUGGUACUGAGCCAGUGUCUGUUGAGAAUGGUGGUGGUAUUGGUUCUCAACAUGUUGAUGUGAAUAGACGAGGAGGUGGUGUCCCUGUACCUAUGAACAAUGGUGUUGUUAAGACUGUGUAUUGGAAGACUAGGAUAUGUAUGAAGUUUGAGAAUGGUCAGUGUCCUUUUGGUGAUAACUGUCACUUUGCUCAUGGCCAAGCAGAGCUGCUGCAUCACUCUGUUGGAAGGGUUGAUGGAGAAGCUGUAAAUGGAGUAGCGGCGUUGAGUAAACAAACGGUGGUGUCUGCAAACGAAGUAUUUGCGGUGAAGCCUAAUGCAGCACAAGUAGUGACAACAGAUUCUUCUGGCCUUGACGAUGAAGGGAGACGAAAGAAGUGUUUGCUCAAGUGGAGUGACUCCAAGAAGAUUAACCGGAUUUAUGGAGACUGGAUUGAUGAUUUACCAGUGGGUCAAAAGUCGACAAAACCAGUGGAGAGCUGAGUCUUUUAGAGUUCUGGUUCCAUUUGUCUUGGUGAAUAUUUUGAAACAGUAGAAUAAUCUUUUAUCUUGGUUUCAUUAACAAUUCUUUGAUUGGCUAUUAUUCUUGAUGAACUAAAAAUAUAUACAGCUCAGGAUUUCAAUGAAGUUCCAAUCUUUG